GCCAAAUAAAAAUGUACCUAGGCGGGAAUCGUCGGAUUUCCCAACACAAGGACGAUCCAACGGCACAGCUUUGACAAUAUCCAUAAGUGCUGAGCUGUUCAAUCCUCCUCGACACAUUUUGUUGGGUAAUCCUGAGACAUUCCUCCAUGACCUCCGCGUCGAAUCUUCCAUAUUCUCUUUCGAUACUUGUAUUCCACCAAGUGUUCGACACUCCCAAUCCACCAUGAUUAACAAUUCACGGGCUGAGUAUGUCUUUAUCCGGAUUUGCAUCUUUGCCCUGCAGAGUAUACCACUUGUUAGUUUAGCAUAUUGCUUCAGUCUCGCAUGUACGACUUUCUUCACGAAUUAUGAAUUUUACAGAGUCGCGCGCGGUUUGGAAUGGGUAUUUCUGGCCGAAUCUUUCUUCUUCCUCUUUUGCUUCCUGCCGUAUCGCAUUUGGCUUCAACGAGAAGCUAUACAUCCACCCGCACCUUCGCGAGGAGAGAGAGCGAUUUUAUACCAGAGGUGUGCGGAUAAUAUCACGGAUCCGGAGGCGUAUUUGCAGAAAUGGUUUUUGGGUGCGGAUAUUGGGGAGAUUAGGAAGGAGAAUGUAAAGGAGUUCUUUCUUUGGGCUUUCUUCAAUCGGGGUGGGCCGCCUGGGGACGAUGAGGAGGAGUUGGAAGAAUAUAUUGAGAUUUUGGAGAGGCAGCUGGGGAGAGAGAUUCCGGAGGGGAGAGGAAAUGCUAAGUGUUUGAGGUUGACGUUGGAUGAGGUUGUUAUGUCGCAUAGGAGUUUGAUUUGGUAUUGUUGUGUUGGAUUCGUUGAUUUCUUAACAUUUUGCUCCCUGCGCUACUAUGGCUUCAACUUUUACCGUACAAAUCUCAAACAAUCCCUCAGCAUCAUUCCUAUUCGCCCGCACAGUCUUCUUACUACACAUCACUCACCUGCUCAGCAUAUAUCGUAUUGGCACCGGCCGCACACUUCGAAAACCAAACUCCCAGUCGUUUUCAUCCAUGGCAUCGGUAUCGGUCUAUAUCCCUAUACCCAAUUCCUUAACGAACUCAAUGCCUCCGCCGGCACCCCCGAUGAUCACAUUGGCAUUCUUGCUCUCGAAAUCAUGAACAUUAGUUUUCGUCUCACUCAUUCUGCGCUCUCGCGCGAGGAAACUGCUCUCGAGGUAUCUCAAAUUAUCAGUCAACAUUUCGGGCCAGAUCAGAAGUUUGUCCUAAUUUCUCACUCGUACGGCACGGUGGUGACCACACACCUUCUGCAAUCUCCGAUUUUAUCCUCGCGCAUUGGCCCGGUUGUUCUCAUCGAUCCUGUCUCCAUCUGCUUACAUUUACCUUCUGUCGCAUUUAAUUUCACUCGUCGGAUCCCAAAAGAUGCGAACGAAUACCAAUUAUACUAUUUCGCAAGCAUGGAUCCAGGAGUUAGUCAUACUCUGGGAAGAAAAUUCUUUUGGAAUGAAAAUGUACUAUGGAAGGAGGAUUUUGAGGGAAGGAAAGUUACGGCAAGUAUGGCGGGAAGAGAUUUGAUUGUGGACACGGAGGCAGUGGGAAGGUAUUUAAGCUGUGGAAAUUUAUCCGGUAGAUCGAUGCUGAGUUUGAGGGCUGCGAACGGAGAUGCGAAUGGGACAGUCAAGAGUACUUCGAAUGUAAAUGUGGCGCCAUUGAUAGAUAUUGACGAGUCAGAUGCAAGAGAAGUUGAAAGACCCGUAGAUAUAUAUGGUACACGAGCAGACGAAGUGGAUAUAGAAGAUGAGGACGAAUGGAAGUACAGAGAAUGGAAAGGAGUAGGAACAGAAGUUUUAUGGUUCGGGAUGUUGGAUCAUGCGCAAGUUUUUGAUAAGAUGUCGACAAGGAGGAGAAUUAUUGAUGUUGUGAGGAAUUAUUGCGAGGAAGAUUAGGAAAUAGGGGUAGCGGGGUUGUGAAGAAAAAUUGUCUGCGGUUUGAAGAGUUUUGAGGGGUAGAAAUAGGGAGAGAUUAGAUUCGAUUAGAUAUCGAAGACCUAGACGGAAGAGAUGUGUAACUUGGUGGAAUGGAAGUAGAGGCAGAAACGGAGUAACAAUUUGAUUAUAGACCUGUAAAGAAAGACCUUUGGUUCUUGUUGGACACCUACCUCGAAAUUGUACCAAGGAUAAAAAUGAUAACGAGUAACGCGUAAUCAGCGAAAUAAACUACUGUACAUCGAAAUUGAAUGGAGCGAACUCUUCAAAUCCCCUAUUGAUAUAAUACUUGUUAAACCA